CCGCGCUCCGCCUCUUUCCUCUCCCGCCUCCUCGCCGCCGAUCCCUCCGGCCACCCGCUCCUCCCGCGCCUCCUCGCCCACCUCCUCUCCCUCCCGGACCCCGCCCCGCACCUCUUCGCGCUGCUCUCCGCCGCAUCCGCCUCCCCGCGCGUCCCGCUCGACUUCUCCCUCUCCGCCUUCCGCUCCCUCCGCGCGCUCCCCGGCCCCGCGCUCCGCCCGCCGCCCACCCCCGUCUACAACCGCCUCCUCCUCGCCGCGCUCGGGGAGUCCCGCCUCGACCUCGUCGAGUCGCUCUACAAGGAUCUCCUCCUCUCCGGCGCCGCCCCCGACGUCUUCACCCGCAACGUGCUGCUGCAGGCGCUCUGCGCCGCCGGCCGCAUGGACCUCGCACGCAGGGUGUUCGACGCGAUGCCCGCCAGGAACGACUUCAGCUUUGGGAUCCUGGCGCGAGGAUACUGCCGCGCGGGCAGGAGCGCCGAUGCGCUCGGGGUGCUCGACGAAAUGCCGAGGAUGAACCUGGUGGUCUGCAACACGGUGGUGGCGGGGUUCUGCCGGGAGGGCCAGGUGGACCAGGCCGAGAGGCUGGUGGAACGGAUGCGGGCGCAGGGGCUCGCGCCCAAUGUGGUCACGUUCAAUGGCAGGAUCUCUGCGCUCUGCAAGGCUGGCCGGGUGCUGGAGGCAUACAUGAUAUUCAAUGAUAUGCAGGAGGCCCUGAAGCCGGGUCUGCCGAGGCCUGAUCAGGUGACGUUUGAUGUGAUGCUCAGCGGUUUCUGUGAUGCCGGGAUGGUGGAUGAGGCAAGGGUGCUGGUGGACAUUAUGAGAUGUGGUGGGUUCCUGAGGAAGGUCGAGAGUUACAACCGCUGGUUGUCAGGAUUGGUGAGGAAUGGUAAGAUCGGAGAGGCGCAAGAGUUGCUGAGCGAGAUGGCUCAUGAGGGUGUCCAGCCUAAUAGCUAUACAUACAACAUCAUUGUUGAUGGAUUGUGUAAGGAGGGCAAAUCGUUUGAUGUAAGGAGAGUUGAGGAUUUUGUGAGGAGUGGUGUGAUGACACCAGAUGUUGUGACUUAUACUAGUUUGCUCCGUGCUUAUUGCUCGAAGGGAAACACUGUCGCUGCCAACAGGAUCCUUGAUGAGAUGGCGCAGAAGGGGUGUGCCCCAAAUUUGUUCACCUACAAUGUUUUGCUGGAGAGUUUGUGGAAAGCUGGUAGGACUACAGAGGUAGAAAGGUUGUUGGAGAGGAUGGGUGAGAAAGGAUAUAGCUUGGAUACAACAAGCUGCAAUAUCAUUAUUGAUGGACUAUGCAGAAGCAGUAAAUUAGAUAUGGCUAUGGACAUUGUCGAUGAAAUGUGGAAUGAAGGAAGUUUGGCUCUUGGCAGAUUGGGUAGUUCGUUUUCAAGUUUAGCGAGUGAUUCUUUCCUCAGCAAAAAAUGUCUACCUGACCGAAUCACUUACACAACUUUGAUGAAUGCAUUGUGCAAAGAAGGAAGGUUUGAAGAAGCAAAGAAACGAUUACUUGAGAUGAUAGCAAAAGAUAUUUCUCCUGAUUCAGUUAUAUAUGAUACCUUUAUUCACGGUUAUUGCAAGCAUGGCAAGACAUCUUCAGCCAUCAAGGUUCUGAGAGACAUGGAAAAGAAAGGUUUCAACCCAAGCACAAGGUCAUACAACUUGUUGAUUUGGGGAUUUCAAGAAAAACACAUGUCGGAUGAAAUCCUUGAAUUGAUGAGUGAAAUGAAGGAGAAGGGGAUCUCUUCUAACGUCAUGACCUACAAUAGCUUGAUAAAAUCCUUUUGUGAACAAGGAAUGGUGAACAAAGCAAUGCCUUUGUUAGAUGAAAUGUUGCAGAAUGAAAUAGUUCCUAAUGUAACUUCUUUUGGCUUGUUGAUCAAGGCUUUUUGUAAGAUUGCAGAUUUCUCUGCAGCUCAGAGGGUAUUUGAUGUUGCUUUGAGUACAUGUGGUCAGAAGGAAGUGCUCUAUUGCCUAAUGUGCGCCGAACUCUCCACUUAUGCUAGGUGGAUAGAAGCCAAGAACAUUCUUGAAACAGCACUUGAAAUGAGAAUCUCCAUCCAAAGUUUCCCAUAUAAGCAGAUCAUCGUGGGGCUCUGCGAUGUUCGUGAGGCAGACCAAGCGCAUAGUCUUCUCAAGUUGUUUAUAGCUAAAGGAUAUUCAUUUGAUCCAGCCACAUUCAUGCCUGUCAUAGAUGUACUAAGUGAAACGGGAAAGAAGCAGGAUGCUGAUAUACUGUCGGAAAAGAUGAUGGAAAUGGCAGAUGGUAAUGUUGGUCAUGCUACUGUUUCUGGUGUGGUUACUACUGGAAGCCGGAAGCAUGAGCAUGGCAAGUAUGCUGAAAGUGAUUGGCAUUCCCUUCUGCACAGAGAUGACAGUGCUCAUACGGUUAUGAAAAUUACCAAUAGAGUGAGAACAGGAUGGGGCCAAAGAGGCAAUAUAUACGAGCAUAAAAGGCAGCAGGAUGAUGACAUUUAUGUACUUGAGAACAGUGGCUGAGGAGAAGAUUCACUGGUGAUUUGGUUUAGUUGCUGUCACGAAUGUUGUGCACAGCGACAUGCCCUGAUGCUGUUCCAGAUUGCAUACUGGCAAAAGGGGACGAGGAGGAGGAUUGGGGUGAGGAGACGGAGGAGGGGCUCACGGGGCAAGGAGGAGGAGGAGGGGCUGAUCCGUCAGGCAUGGGCAUCGCCGGCCUCCCUUCUGACAUCCUCGUGGAGGUGACUGCCAGAAUCGCCGGGGAGUCAACGACGCCCCUCGACGACAUCGUCAGCCUCAGGCGAUCAUGCAAGGUGUUCCGCGACGCGACGGCGGCGAGGGAGGUGGGCCGGUGCAUGGCGGUGGACAGGGAGUGGCGUCUGCACUGGUGGGACAAGGAGAGGUUCCUCUCGGUGCUCGGGGAGUGCGCGGCCACCGGCAACCCCGAAGCAUCCUACAUCCUCGGCCUGGAGGAGAUCUGCAACCGUAGGGGAAAGGAGAGCGGGCUCCAGCACCUCCACCGUGCCAUGAAGCACGGCCAUGCCGUUGCGGCCUACACCAUCGGCAUGAUUAUGCUGCGCGACGCGUACAAUCCCGAAGGUAUCGAGGAGGCAAUGGGAUAUCUGGAGGGAUGCUCUGCAGCAAGAACAAAGAGCAAGAUCAAGAUUGCCUCCGUUCGCAGAGAGGCCGCUUCGGUCAUGAGAAGGCUGACGAUGCGCCGCUGGAGGACGGCCGAGCCUGCUGCGCCCUGCGCCGACCCGCGGUGCGGGGAGAUGGAGACGGCGGAGGCCUGGGACGAGGACGACGAACAGAGGAGGUUCUGCAGCCGGCUGUGCAGAUGGAAACAUGAAUACCGCAAAUUUGUGCAGAGGAUUUAACGUUUUGAUUCAUUAGUAGGCUGUCGGCCACUGUGCCGGCAGUAAAAGUUGUGAGACACAAUUUCAGAUUUAUCACUUUAUGCUUCUCCAAUUCUAGAUCUGCCAUCCCAAUUUUUCUCAUUCCUAUUAAAGCUGGCUUAGGCACUUUGCCAUCCCCGGUGGUUAGGUAGUGAUAUUUUCUUGUGGGUCACUGGCUUGCGUGUAUCUUUUUGGGGCUGCGAUAUGCUUGUAUUUUGUGACAUCAGUGCUUUUAUUUCGGCCA